AUGGCGCACGCUCUGCUGGCUCCACCGCUCAUUCAGGGCACCUCAGGAACUGAAGAACUCUGGACACCGAGGAUGCUCGUCCCAGUCUACGGAGGCUCAGACCCACAGCAGAAGACUGACCUGAAUGGGCUGUGGGCACAGGCUCCACUACUCUCCGGUUUCUGGAAGAUCCGCCUCGUGGGAACCACGAGUUUGGAGCGGGAGGAGACUGAGGUUCAUGUUCACUCCUGGGGGGUCCGCGUGAGCUGGCUGUUGGCUCCCGCAAAGAAGGGCGGCGAGAAGAAGGGCCGGUCCGCCAUCAGCGAGGUGGUGACCAGAGAGCACCCCGUCACCGUGCACAAGCGCACCCGUGGAGUGGGUUUCAAGAAGCGUGCCCCUCGGGCGCUCAGAGAAAUACGGAAAUUUGCCAUGAAGGAGAUGGGAACUCCGGAUGUACGCAUUGACACCAGGCUCAACAAAGCUGUCUGGGCCAAAGGAAUAAGGAAUGUCCCAUACCGUAUCCACGUGUGGUUGCCCAGAAAACGGAAUGAAGAUGAAGAUUCAUCAAACAAGCUCUAUACGUUGGUUACCUACGUACCUGUCACCACUUUCAAAAAUCUACAGACGGUUAAUGUGGAUGAGAAGAAACUGCUGAUUAUCCAAUAA